CACUCGGCAGGUGCUGAAACUCACCCCAUCAUUUGUCAGGUGCUCGAGCCUGCCGCAACGACGGUGCCCCUCAUCUCUCUCGCCAUCCGGGGCUGAUAUGAGGGACCUGCCCCUCACUCGCCUUAUAUUGUAGGCGUGGAUGCAAGUGCGUGGUUCGAACAAUGCCAGCAGGGCAGGUGGCACCGUGCACAUGCUCAGACAGGCCAGAAUCCCGCCCUUCGAACAUUUUUGAAAUCAAAUGGGGCCACAGAGUGUCUACCAAUGACCAUUGGAUGGUCAAGCCCACCCAGCGCCUACUCAAUGCAUUCAACGUGCAGUGGAUCAUGACUGCCAGAGAAGCUGAGACACAGCUGGCACUGAUGAAUGGUGCCGGUAUUAUUGAUGCUGUCAUGACAGAUGACAGUGACUCAUUUGUUUUUGGUGCUCAGACUGUCCUGCGCAACUCGACAUUUUCAAUAGAUUCAACUGUCAACUUGUAUACAACGAGUGCCAUUCAAGAGCACUCAGGAGCACGUUUCUUUAUCAUAUCCCCCUGGACUCGUCACUUACUACAUAUCCCAUCCAUGCAGCGGCACACCAUCAAAUUUGCACUGUCUACCACUAUAUCCCUACCUAGCUGUUUCUACAGGUAACUUCAAUCUCGCUCGGGCAUUUGUCCAAUAGUUUAUGAUUAUAAACCAUACAUUCUCUUCUAAUCUAUCACUGUACACACAAGUAUGCACUACAUAAUCUAAUUGUCUUGUCUCCAACCCAUGAACAGAGCGCUCAAGAGCUUCUCCAGCGCACCUGUAACCAUUAACAGAGCACAUCGGUACCUGGUGCAGGGAUUUGGUGAGUCUCGGGGGCCGGACAGAGAUGGCACAUACCUAUAAUCAUGAACGGAGCGCUCAUGAGCUUCUCCAGCGC